UCUCGUACUUGACUUAUGUCAAGAGACACGUUGAUAACGAGUUUUCAGUCUGUUUCUACCCAUAAAACGAGAACGAGGAUUAUCACAUUACGGAUGGCACACUUGUACAACGAAAGGUCGAUACCCGGCCUGAUCCAACUACCCCCGAUGGUCCCAUACCCCAUCCAGGGCGUGGGGAAAGUGUACACGACGGGAAUGGGGAACGCCGACGCCCCACCGCCAUACUCGUCCAUCUACCCGCCGGCUGGCAACCCCCAACCGGCCAGCAUCAUCAUAACGACCGUCACCCCUAACCAAGAGUACAAUCUGCAAAGGAGAAGGCAGAGAAACAUCGCCUGCGUGAUCAUCGUCAUUGUAACAGCCGUCAUGUUAACACUAAUUUUAUCCAUAUUGAAAUUUGAUUGAAUCAACAUAAAGAUUAUUUAUAUAGAACGGUGUGUCUUUCACAGACUUAAAAUUUAAACAAAAAUCCCUGUUGUGAAAUUAUUAUAUUACAAUUGGAAAGUUGUUACAUAAAUAGACUUUCAUUUAUAAACAAAUAAAAUACACUGUAACGAUAAAAAUACAUUGAAAGAAACAUUAAUUCAAAAUCAAUGUAAUUCUUUCAAUUCGGUAGAACUCAUACUCCAUUAGAACUUAAAAACUACCUUACAGUUUGAAAAAAUAGGGUAAACAUUUCGAAUUCAUUAUGCAAUAAAGAAAUUUAGGGGCGUCGGUGGCCGCAAGGUUUAGUCUUUGACACGGCGCUCAUCACUGUAAGGUAAAGGUCCCGGGUUCGAAUCCAGCGGCCCUGCAUUCGAACCCGACAUACUUACAAAUGGGCUUUUUUUCAAAAACACCGGCACCCUGAGGGUUUGUAUGACCUCUGCUGUUGUGAACCAUCGUAAAAAAAAAUUUAAUCUCAUGGUCAUCAUGCAAAAAUAAUUAUCCAAAAAUAUAUUUAAACUGAGUUCUAUAUAAAUGUUGUAUUUAAAAUAUUGUUUAACUGUUUAAAUUUGUAAAUCUGAUGUUUUUUACUUGUGAAAAUGAUUAUAGUGAAAUAUUUAUUUUUAAUUUUGUUCGAUGAUUGCAUGAGUAAUGAAAUGAUUGUCAUAAUGUUUAUAUAAAAUGGUGCUUCAUCCUACACUAAUUAAAACAUUCUGUAUGUUAAUUAGUUUAUAACUGUAAAAAAAAAA